UUUAUUAUUUUAAUCAAGAUUUCUCCGAAGUUUUAGAAUCUAAUUUCCUUUAUAGUUAGCCUUGAACUCUCCGAAAUUUGUUGCUUGUAGUGCAAAGAUGACACUGCAAGAUACAAUAACCUACCAAAAUGUACCCUUCAAUUCUUUUAUCAAUCAAUGAUCAACAAGGAAACCCUAGAUUUUACCUCCAAAUUUAGAAGCUACCCAUCCUCCAUGUGCAUGCAAAAUUUUUAGUCGAUGCUCACAAACAACCCCUUACGUUGUUUUCUCCGCUUGCCUUCUCUAUAAGUUCCAUUUCUCUUUAUCUCUCAUUUCCCAUUUGAUUUAGGCCAUAUAGCAACCACUUAUACUCUACCACCUCCCCUACAAGUCCAAUGGGUCCCUCCCAUUCUCCACUCCGACCAGUAACUUCACCACCUUCAUCAGAAUUUUCUUUGUCUAAAUAUAGGGUCUGUGCCUCAUUUUGUCACAAGAAUACUUCCAAUUGGAUAGAAUCCUAUGAUCCAUCUAACAACACUUGGAGUCAUCUCAGUCCAAUUCCAGGCCUGCUUAGUAACCAUGUCUUGAAGGAUUUUGUAAUGGUUUCAUUAGCCGAUUCAAUUUACAUUAUUGGUGGACGAUUAUGUCAAAAGGAAAGAUCACCUCUCAAAUCCAAUGAUGAUUUCGAAGAACUUAAUGAUGUUGGGGUUGAAGUCAGAUCAUCUGUCCUACGUUACAAUGUUCUAUUAAAUGAAUGGUUUCACUGUGCACCCAUGAAAAUGCCUCGCUAUUAUUUUGCUUGUACGACAUGGGAAAAUAAAAUUUAUGUUGCAGGUGGUAAGUCCAAUUUGGCUAGUGCCAGAGGGACUUCGACUGCCGAAGUUUAUGAUCCAAUUCUUGAUGUGUGGACUCCUUUACCAAGUAUGAGCACGUUAAGGUACAAAUGUGCAGGUGUAACAUUUCAAGGUAAGAUUCAUGUGGUCGGAGGGUUUGCAGUGAGAGUGGAUUCAAAUAAAACGGAGCCGUUUAUAAUGGAACGAAGCUCUGCUGAGGUGUACGACGUGCAGGCAGGGAAGUGGGACCUCCUGGCAAGGAUGUGGCAACUAGAUAUCCCACCUAAUCAAAUUGUGGCCCUUGGCGGGAGACUGUUCAGCUCCGGCGACUGCUUAAAAGCUUGGAAAGGUCACAUAGAAGCAUAUGAUGGGAGGCUUAAUAUGUGGGAUGUGGUUGAUGGGUCACAUUUACAAACUCUCAAUUCUGCUAUUUCCACAUCAGACGCCAACUCAGAAAAUUGGUCACCAAGGCAACGGCUUUACCUCACAAUGGCACCAAUAGGGACCCAUUUGUAUUUCCUGGCAGGGUAUCGGAUGGCUGGGGAAUUGUCACGUACGAUCUCAAUGGUUCAUAUUUUUGACACCUUAGCUAGAAGUGAUGCAUGGAGGAGCUUUGAACCGGUGGAAGAAGAUGGAGAAAAGGAGCUGUGUAGCCAUUGUUGUGUCGUUCAAAUUUCUUAA